UUGUAUUAAAGAGCUAAGCAAAAAAUGCUUGCAUUUGUUGCUCUCGGAAUGGGAACCAUGUGGGUCGGAGGAUUUGCCAGAGGUCAUCCAUCAAAUCUGUGGCAGAGGAGCAUUCAUUUAUGUUUAUCUGUCAUCCUGAACACAGUCCUGGGAGAUAAGUCCCAGCUGAGCAUUCAUACGUUUGCAUUCUAAAGUAUACUUACCUUCAAUUGAGUAAGCCCAUUAAGCCUCAUGGGGCUUACUUACCAGUAGAUGUAUAUGGAAGCUAGUUCUCAGUCUCCAAGUAAACUCCAUGCCUGGCUCAAGACACCAGCUCAUCUUUUCUGAAAACUUUUAGUGAAGCUGAACAGUUUUUGAUUUCAGUUAAACCAUUUGUAAUGCUAGGUUCCAUGGGAUAAAGGUGUGAGCGCUUACAUUUCUGCUGUUUGAUAAGGGAGGAUGAUUGAACAAGGCAGGUGGGGGGAAUAAAAGAGGAGAAAGAAAAUUAAAUUGGUGUACUUUUCACUGCAGGCGAAAAGGAUUAAACUCUGGCUGGUUCUGUCCGAUAGAAAGUCUUUGGUGGAAUGUGAAGAAUGUGCUUAGGUUGGUGCAGGAAGGGGUUUCCGGUGCAACAGCAUUUUUUAUUUUUUUGCCUGAGGGUCCUGUCAUGCUGACUAGAGUUCAGGAAGAGAGCUUUAAAAACACAUGCAGCUGCUUGCACGUUUGAAGGUACUGUGAGGGUGGUGGAAUCCUGCAGUGUUUCUCUCACAGCUUUUCAUAAUUUCAGAAUUGCCAAUUCCGUUGUCUUCUGGGUUAAGAAUGACAUCUCUCUUGAACCUGGAGAUAUGUCCAGUUUAGAAUAGCAGUAUCUGCGUGUCACAAUAAACUAUGGUUUGCGUUAAUUACAGUUAGUUGUCCCAUAGUUCACCAAAUAGUGUUCACCUCCAGUUUCUAAUGGGGUUUUGACUCUGAUCCAUUUAUUUGUCUUGGGACAGGAAACUGAGGAGGAGGAGCACAAGGAUGAGCCAGUGGUUCUGAGUUCAGACCUGAUAACAAGCAGUAUUUUUUAAAAAGUCAGUGUUCCUGUGCUACCAGUAGCAAACCAUGAUUGGAAUUGAAUUGUGGCUUGCUGGAACAGUUGGCCAGUUAUGCUUCUCUACGAGCCAGAUUUCAGCAAACCACACCAUGAUGUCUCAUGACACAAGAAUACAAUACUGUAUGUCAGGAAAAGCAUUAUAGACCCUCAGAAGAGCCUGUCCCACCUCCCAUUCACCAGUUGCUGUUCUGAACAUGCAGAGAUGCAACAGGCAGACUCCUCAAAGGGAAAGCUAAUUCUGUUCGAUCAGGAGAUCCUUCCACUGCAGUCACAGGUUAUGUGGAGACUUGGUAAAGAUCCCCCAUAUUCAGGCGAAUGCGAUUGGGAGGAAUCGGGAGCAGGAUGUCCCAACAGGGACUCAUGCAGGGGUGCAGUGGACAGACUAUCUGUUUUGCAAGCUGGUAUUUGGGUCUCCAGGGAACCAUUCCCUGGGUGCAUACCCUGCUAUUUCACAGUACUCUUAGAUGACUCAGCAUACAGUGGAGAAAAUUUAUAUUUCUCUGAGAACAAAGACAAUUGUUCUGUCUUCCCUUGAUGAGCUGGGCACAGUCAUGAGAGUUUAUCCUCACAACACCCAGCCCCAGUGGGUUGAAGAUGUUCAGAGGGUCGUAUCGGGGACAGAAAAUGCUUCUCAAGUGGAGUUUGCAGAAACAUGAUUGGUGGCUUUUGUUCGUCAAGUAAUUCAGUCAUGGCCUUCCAGAUGUGAUUGGACUGCACCUCCCAUGACCUCUAGCCACAUAGUUGGUAGUGGAGAAUGAUGGGAACUGUAGUUGAGCAACAAACAUCUAGAGGUGCACAUGUUCUCCAUCCACACAGUAAACUAUAUUGUUUACCUCCAUGAUUUCCUUUGCCUUUCCCCAUGUUUACAGGAAUAAUAGAAUCACAAAGGUCAUUGUAUGCAUGAAUUAAUUGUUAGUUUGAGAAAAGGAAGUUCUCAGACUGUGGUUGAUGGAUCAUGAGCUGGUUGGAAGCUCUCGGUCAGGUGGUCUUCGGGAAGUUUUGUGAAAUCAUCUUUAUUCAAUCUUUCCCUUGGCUUUGCCAGCAUUGUACAUAGUAAAGUUUUGAGCAAAGCUCGACUAUCAAAGAGGGUGGCAAAACCGUGAUUGCAGACCUGUGAUUGUUAUACAGUGGCAGUAGGUUGAUCUACUAACAUAUCCUGAUUUUUUUUUAACCUGGAGGGACGGUUGGGAGGAUGGUUGUAGAUGUUUUUGUCUGCAACUUUCUUCACCUUUUAUGUGAAAGAAAGUGGGUGUGAAGGCUCCUGCUUCCCAUUGUAAAAGUGGCGCAUGAAUUAGCAGGUUGGCUAAUUCCUGUGCUAUGUGUGAGAACUGGGUAGGCGGAGGAGUGCUCAUUGCCACAUGCAGUGUGGUUGGCGUGUCACAGCUGGAGAUGGGUAUGCAGAUGCGAUUCUGCCCAGGAACUGAGAGCAAGACUGGGUCACAAUGAUAAGUCUUUGUUAAGUCUUCUUGAAAUAAUACCAGCAUCCCUGGUAUUAUUUUGUCUGGUUGGCAGUUGGAAAAUUUAGAUAGAGUAGCAUGGGGGCCAUCACAAAACAGCCAUUGCCGAAGGGGAUUACCUGUUCAUGAAAUUGCUCAUGUGAAGUCAGCACAAGCAGUCACGAAAGAUCUGCUUUCUUGAAGGGCUACCUGAUGAAGCUGAGAUAUGGGUAACUAGCCCCUCUGUCUUAAUUAAAUAACAACAUUUUUAGCACAUUUCUAAUAUACAAAGCCUUUCCUUUGAAUUCACAGUAUGUUUUCUCUUUUUCUCAAUUUGAGGCUCUUCCCCAAUAGCAAAUACCAAAAUCCACACACUCCCAUAUGGCAAACAUUUGUGAUCCCACUCAGUUGGUUUUUUAAAAAAAACAACAGCUAACAUAUUUUAAAUACAGUCUUAGAAGCAGCUUGUCGUGUUCUUGAGAUAGAAGUCAUGCCCUCGUCUCUUAAAGAUCUCUGAAAAGUUAUAUUAGGAUCAGAAGUCCCAUAAUUCCCAGGUUCUCUGGCUAGGCGAUUUUGGGCAUUGUCUCCAGAAAACAAUUUUUUUAGAGAUCUAAGAUUAAAAUUCACAUGCCACACAAAACACCUCCUUAAAAGGGGUCAGGUGGCUGUCAUUCUGCAUGUUAGCAUAUGAAGGUUAGUGGUUUGUCUUUAUAGCCGUCCUCCAAGCCUGGCACUGGGGUGUGUGAGGUGGAAGUUCAACAGGUGGAGCUUCUCUGUGAAUCCUUUGUGCUGGACUUUCGGGAGAGGGUCUCUCGCUUUGGGGCGGCCGCCUUGGCCUUUGCUCCCUUCUUACACUCCCAGAUCAUGAUAGAGCUCGUUAACAUUAUGUGUCUGCAUAAAUGAGGGUUUCUGAGCUCUGUGUAACAGCGGGGCACAUUCUUAGGACUGAUCUUCCUUUUAAUUCAUCAAUGAACCCUGCUGUCGGAAAGGAUUAAUGCCUGACAGCUUCUCUUAUGGCCAUUUCUUGGCCGGUUCAGUUUUGCCCACAGACGGACCCCCUUCACAAUGGGACGCCUUAUCUCUUCUUUCCAGGACCUCCGCACUUCUGCGCCACCGACGUAAUCUGCACAGCUGGUCAUGACUCUGGAGACAGCUGCUCCAAACAACUGUCCUCGUGGCUGUUCUUUGCAGUUGGCUUUAAGGCCAGAGGCUACUUCUUCCUUUUAUUUCCCCCCCCCCCAGAAAAAGAGAGAUGGUUUUUGAGUCCAGCCAGGAGGGCCCCAAGCCUCGCUUGACAUAUCAGUCCCCUCCAUCUUCCCUUGUUUCCAUCUUUUUCUUCGUCGUGGUUUUUUUUUGUUCUGGAAGGGAAGGCCGCUUCAUGUCUUGCCCGCUAUAAAGAAUAGGAAGUGGGUAGGAUGCUAAGGUUUCAGGACGCACCUCCCAUGUUCCUAAGCAGGCCUCAAGAUUAAUUGUUCCCCAUGAUGAGGCCUAGCGCCUCUGCAGAGCAGGCCCUCUGGUUGCUAGGUAACCGCACCAGGCCUCCAUUCCUCCAUAGCUGCAUCUUUUUGAGUGCCUAGCAACCACAGGAAGUGCUCCCUUGCAGGAACUUCCUGUGAGGCAACUGUCCUGCGUUCCUCCCCUGGCUUGAUUUAUAUCUGGUCUGGGUGGUGGGAAGGGACAACCGAAAAGGGUCAUUAGGUUGGAGAAGCUGAUCUCUAUGGCAGGCUUACCACGAUCGUGGCUUUACGAGCUUGCGAAAAGGAAGAAACCGACGCACAUGACCGUGAACUGUUGGUUCUGCAACCAGGACACCGUGGUGCCGUACGGCAACCGCAAUUGUUGGGAUUGCCCCAACUGCGAGCAGUACAACGGUUUCCAAGAGAAUGGUGACUACAACAAGCCGAUCCCGGCCCAGUACAUGGAGCACCUCAACCACGUCGUCUCCGGGGCCAGCGCCUUCUACGACCCGACCAAGCCCCAACAGUGGGUGAGCAGCCAGGUUCUCCUGUGUAAAAAAUGUAACAGCUACCAGACAAUGAAGAUCAAGCAGCUGGCAUCCUUCAUGCCCAGGGAAGAGGGCAAAUAUGAUGAGGAGAUUGAAGUAUACAAGCAUCACUUGGAACAGAUGUACAAGCUGUGUCGCCCCUGCCAGGCAGCAGUGGAAUAUUACAUCAAACAUCAGAACCGCCAGCUGCGGGCCCUCUUGCUCCGGCACCACUUCAGCCAGCGGAAGACCGACAAGACGUGCAUGCAGAGUUUUUAUGCCGCGGCUUCGUCAGCCACCACACCCAUUCAAGUGAUCGCCCUGCGCUUCCUGGCUUUCCUCAGCUGCACUGUCCUCGUUACCAUGGCCCUUUAUGGGUCAGGCAACCCCUUUUCCCCUGCGCCCGGCACUCCUCCUGCUCCGUCGAGCCCGGGGCUGGCCAGGAACGGGACGGAAGCCACGCCAGGGGUCCCGGCACCUAGCAACGGCACUCUGCUGGAGAUCCUGAGCUGGCAGGAGGUGGUCCGGCUGUUACCAGAGCACGUGGUCGAGACGCUGAGCACAGCCUGGUCCUACGGGAGGAACCAUCAGGUGGCGGUGGUGGCCCUUGGCUUGCUGACAUGUUUCCUGGCCAUGCUGCUGGCGGGACGCAUCAGGCUCCGACGGAUAGAUGCCUUCGCCUCGGUCCUGUGGCUGCUGGUGAUGGGUUUCCACCUAGCCGAGAACUACCUGCAGACGGACCCCCCCAGCUGGCUAGACACGGCCAAGUUUGGCACCACCUCCCUCUGCUGCCUGGUGGGCUUCGCGGCAGCCGUGGCCACCCGGAAGCCAACAUCCCUGCGGAGACCCCGACCCCGAAGGUACCUCUCUGGGGAUUCCAUCUCCGCGUUCCCCAGCGGCACAGAGAUCGGUUUCCCGUAUCCCCCUGCAUCCCCAUCUGUCUACAUCCCGUCGCCACCCAGCGUGCUGCAGUUUACCAGCCAACAGCUCUUCCGAUCCCCACGGCGAACAUCGUCUUCCUCUCUUCCUGGACGGCUGAAUCGGGCCCUCUCGCUGGGCACGAUUCCUUCUUUGGCCAGGACUGAUUCUGGCUACUUGUUCAGCGGGAGUCGUCCACCCUCUCAGAUGUCCUUCUCUAAGGAGGUACCUCCAUCAGAAUAUUUCCCCCUUCUCUCGGGGAGCUGCAUCUCCUCCCCGGGGCCAUCUCCAGCCCCAUCGGUAGCCGGCUCGGUCACAUCCAGUUCGGGCUCCCUGCGUUACCGCCGGCCCCUCAUCAGCCCCGCACGGCUCAACCUGAAUGGCCGCCGGUUGAUGCUGUUCUCGGCUCAGACUGAGCAUCGUCUCGGCGAAGACGCGGCCCACUCAGAAAACAACGUCUUUACCUCCGAUUUGACAGCCUACACAAAGCGGAACCUCAGUGACCGGGGAAUGCACGAUAUGAGAGCUGUGGCCGAGGCAGGAAGCAUCGGGAGCAACGGCUCCAUUAAGAAGGGCGACAGCUCCUCGCACUCGUCCAGCUGUGUGGUGGACACCACGACCAACGGGGAAGAGCCGGCCAGCUGGAAGGGCUGCGUCGGCCGCUUCUCUCUCCGAGGGGUUCUCGCUGUGAGCCUCACCAUCAAUGUCCUCUUCACCUCUGCCUACCUCUACCAAAAUCUGCGGUGAGCCGGGGUCGGGCGGCCACGCGUCAUCUCCCCGAUCUUUUCUCCCCUUGGCCCCGAGGGCCGACUGCCUUUCCAAGGAGCCAGAAAAGAGAAGGGAAAAUUCGUGGCCACGAGAACUGCUUACGAACGCCAACACCUCUUAUCUCAUCGGUCUGGAAGGUCUUCGCAUGAAGAAGCGCCUUGGGUUCUCCGGCACCUUUCCUUUCUACAGAGCUGAUUGGUUAGGAAGUGCGCAAAGCGGCUGUUUUCAGGGGACUUGCGAGGGAGCCUCGGUGCGUAAGGCCAGACCCAUCUCUUUUCCUCCCACGAUGGGUGGUUCUGGAAUUCGGGGUCUCUGGAGGAACAGGGGCCACGAUCGAUCCUUUUCCGUUUGCUUCUAGCCUUCUUUACCCUGGCGAGAUUUCUCCAGUGUGUCCCUCUUUCCCGUGGGAGAAAGCAGAGAGAGAAAGACAGACCAUGGAUGGAGUUGAGGUUGACCCACAGUUUAUGCACCCUACAUUUCUCAACAGCUUGCCAGGUGCACUUCCCACAUCGAUGCCCGGUGCCAAGAGGGUGUAUCUUAUCUUCCAACCAGAACCCGAUGGCCAUGUAUUGCUCAUUGACGUCGGUUGUUUUCUUCAAUUGGACCUUGAAACUCUGCUUUGACUGGCCUAGAGGCAUCGGUGUCUACUGUAAUAGCUCAAUUCUCGCCUCGCUGGGACAUGCCGUCGUUCUCGACAGCCGGUGUGUUUAUGGGAUCUUGCAAGCUUUCUGAUCAAUUUUUUCCUCCGCGGGCUGUACUGAGAACCGUUGCGGCUAAGGCUGGGAAGCUGGCCUUACGUGACUUGAAUGGGCAGAAAGUCAGUUACUGCACUGUUUAAAAGGCUUCUGUCUCCCCAGUCCUGGCGGGGGAGCGAGGCCUUCAUAGAUUUUUUCAUUGGAUUCCUUGUUUAAAACUAUCCAAAACAUGAACCAUGGCAUCUUGAGAAACCUUGCCUGUACUUCAACACUCAAACCUCCUGGUGCUUAUCAAACUCGUGGACUGGAGUGCUUCAGUCGGCGAGUUGAUUGCGAGGGGCUUAUCUCAUAUGGUGCUGCUUGUACGGGGUGUUUGUGUGUGAAUCCCUGCAAACAGAAAGCUAGCUCUUCACUACAAGGAAGAACGUCCCUGCAUGCAGAAAGCUAGCAAGGUGUGGUGAAAGGAAAGCUACGAAACUUUUUCCUGGCUUUCUAGAUUUCAGUAUGCGGGGUUAUAUUCUCCCUGAGUGAAGGUGCAUUCAGGAAGGCAAGCCUCUCCUGUUGUCCCGAAGGGGUAUUGGCUAUCCCGUGCAGAGAUUGGAAAUAAUAUGUCACGUUUAAUAAAUGCAAGUUAGAAUCACACUUUGAACAGGAAGGACGCAUCUUUUAAAAAUAAUGUUUUGAAAGUAACAUUAAGAUAUAUAAAACUUUGCUUUCAAAAUGUUAUUCUUUGGGUGCGUUCGUUGGCUUGUCUGAUAACUCAAAAGCAACGAUUUUCACAUUCGUGCUCUAAAUCUUACACAUUAGUUCCUGAACUCUGGUUCCAAAAACCAAGCUGAUAGAUCCUAAGUGGAAAAUUUUUCUCCUUUCUUGAAUUCUCCUUAUGAACAGGGACCGAGUUCAAUGAGCUGUGUAUUUUUCUUUUUACCCCUAUGCAUUUCAUGCAACUGCACCCUAGUUAAAUGUUUUCUGAGGAUGUCUGGCAUUCGCCAGGAUUUAAAUUUGACUUGAACUGUUCCCAGGAAACUGGCCUCCUUUCCCUGGGUCUCAGCUGUCUCCACUGUCAAAUUCUGCUGUUCAGCAGCAGAGCAACUGGUGCUCAGCAAAUUACCUUACUCUCCUCAUCAGCACCCCAAAAAUCUGUUCAGAUAUUUUUUUAAAAGCCACAGCCCUAGACUCACAACUUCCGUACCAGCCCCGGGUUGGCUACAGAACAAGGCGGUGUGCUGAAGUUUCACCUGGUGCUUAAACUCUCCUUCCCGCCUUAACCAGCGGCGGUCGGAAAGUGGUGCAAGCUUCUGUGUGCCAAGGAUCAGCCCCCUUUAAUGCAUUUCCAAUCCCAGGAACAUCCAGGAAGCCUCUGCUUAUUGAACGACCGUCAGGCACUUCCUUCCCACACAAAAUAUAAUCUUGGUCCAGCAUUUUGUUUGCCUGCCUUGAUCGGAAGCAGUGGAACAUCAGUAUCCUUAUCCACAGUAUACGUUUUCAUCCAUGGGUCGCCCUUCCCUUCACUAGAUAUCCCACUCAAACGUCACUUCCAUCCUCUGUCCCCCGAGAUAUACCCCAAAUUUAUAAAUCAUCUUCUGUGUUUCCCUGUCAAAAACAGCCCCUUUCCACAAACACACCUACGGCAAACUUAGUAACCCCAUUCAGUGAUGUAGUUUGGCUUCUGGCUCAAGGCAGAUGGGGGGGGGGUGUCGUUGCCUUUGAAACGACAUAAUCUAAAAGAUAGAUAUGUAAAGUUAUUUUUUUAUUAUUGUUGUUGUUUUAUUUUGUUUUUUCUUAAAAAGUCAACAAUGGUUUGAGAGGUGCUUUGUUUCCCAUCAUGUGUCCAUAUACCACAAAGCGUCACCUCUGGUUGAACAGGUACAGCAGGUUUUUGAAGCCACACCGGAACCUACUGAACCUGUUUAAGCGGAGGCAGCGGGUGUGUAUAAUCACAAAGAGCGUCACUUCCUUCACACUACCUUUUCCUCUUUUCUUGGGCAAAGGAACUGUUUGAUGUUCUCUGUAUUUAGAGGGCAGAGAGAGAGAGAAUGGAAACAAGAAUUACUUCGGAUAUGGUGCUACAGAACACUCAGAUAUUGGUGCAAAUUGUUCAGCUAAAUCGCCGUGAGUUACACGUUUGAAAAGGGGUAAAGGUGUGUCAGAAGCAUCAGGCUUACGCACCUUAACUUCCUUUUGCCUUAAAUGCAUUUUACAAUGUGUGGCUCGGCUUUUAUUGUAAAUUUGUUUCCUCAUUCUCUCUUUUUGUGGGAAAAAUGGUUCGAUCAUGCCAUUCCCCCCCCCUCACUUUCUUGAACAAGCACUAGGAUUUAAAUGACCCUCCACAGUAAAAUUAAAUUAAAAACCCAAUAAACUAAAUCUGGGUUUAAAAUGCAGCCCUAGUUCUGUGCAAUAGAAGAAUUCUGAACCCACCUUCCUUGCAAGUUCUGGAGGACGCUUUAAAACCUAUGCGUGUAUUUGAUAGCAUGUGAAUUCCAGCUUUUUCAAGGCGUGAUCCCGGGCCUGAAAUGCGAGGAUGCAUCCUGUCAUGCAAAGUACUCCACAGCGCCUCUCCAACCUUCUUGAGGACUAGUUUCAUGGUGAAUGUAUUGAGCAACUGCCUUCAGGAAUAACUCCUUAUCAAAUCAUACACUGUGUCCUGUGUUGCUUGAAUUUUUAGGGUGGGGGGGGAGUUCUGUUGAUUUGCUGGAGAGAAAAGUGGGAUAAAAAGGAGAGGCUUUUUUCCCCAUUGGGAGAUUACAAUUGUACUUCUUCUUUUUUUUACUUAUGACUUGUAGGCUUUUUGGACUGGGUGGGAGAGAGAGCCCACCCCUGUACAGUUCGGUUAUCAGUUUGUGCUUUAAGGGUUUUUGGAGAGAGGGGAUAAACGUUUUUUUCCUGCUGGGUCUCUGCCCCUUUUCCUCCUGAAAGGUUUGUGUUCUGUGUUUCGAGAGAUUAUUUUUCAUUAUAAAAAAUAAAUGGGCGGUUGAAACCUGAA